GGCUUAAAAUAUUGAGCCUACCCGUUGUAGUAGUAAGCUUCCACCUUGACCCAAAUUUCCUUUUAAUAAGACCACUCGCAAUCUCAGACUCGAACCAAAAGGGAAAAUAAAAACUUUUACUGUCGAGAGAGAGAGAGACUUGGAUCGAUUAUCGAUUUGGAAGCUGAAGAAGAACCGAUACUCAGAAUUACGAGUCAUUAAUUAGCUACAAUGCACGCCAAGACUGACUCAGAGGUGACCAGCCUCGCAGCGUCUUCUCCGACGAGAUCUCCACGCCGCCAUGUCUACUACGUUCAGAGCCCAUCAAGAGACUCCCACGAUGGGGAGAAGACAACGACGUCGUUUCACUCCACGCCGGUGAUUAGUCCAAUGGGAUCGCCGCCGCACUCUCACUCCUCCGUGGGCCGCCACUCCCGAGAGUCCUCGUCUACUAGAUUCUCCGGAUCUCUGAAACCCGGAUCGCGCAAGAUCUCGCCUAACGACGCUGCUCGUGGGGGCAGCACCAAGGAUCAAAAGCAAUGGAAGGAGUGUGCCGUGAUUGAGGAAGAAGGCCUUCUAGAAGCCGAAGACCGCCAGAAGGGUCUUCCUCGUCGGUGUUAUGUUCUCGCUUUCAUUCUCGGCUUCUUUGUUCUCUUCUCUUUCUUCUCUCUGAUAUUGUGGGGUGCGAGUAAGCCCAUGAAACCAAAGAUCACAGUCAAGAGCAUAAAAUUUGACCAAUUCAAGAUCCAAGCGGGCUCUGAUUUUACGGGUGUGGCUACUGAUAUGAUCUCCAUGAACGCAAGCUUGAAGCUCACUUUUCGUAAUACUGGUACAUUUUUUGGAGUUCAUGUCACAUCAACACCAUUAGAUCUUUCUUAUUCCGAAAUCACAGUAGCCUCUGGAACUAUAAAGAAGUUUUAUCAAUCGAGAAAAAGCCAAAGAUCUCUAAGUAUUCCUAUAAUGGGUACCAAAAUACCAUUGUAUGGUAGUGGAGCAAGUCUGAGCAGCUCAACGGGGACGACCACUCUACCAGUGAAAUUAAAAUUAUACUUCGUGGUUCGAUCAAGAGCUUACGUUUUGGGCAAAUUGGUUAAGCCCAGGUUCAACAAGCAUAUUCAAUGCAAUGUAACUUAUGAUCCCAAAAGGCUCAAUGUCGCAAUCCAACUCAAGAAUCAUUGCACAUAUGACUGAAGCUCAAGCACGAGAACGACAAUGGAGUAAGUUGAAUUUUGACUCUUUUUUUUUAUUUAUGUUGUUAUAAUGUAUUAUUGGUGAAUAUAAUCGGUGAAAGACAGCUCAGCGGGCAACUUUAGGAUCGUGCGGGCAGGGAAUUGACAACGCGGUUUUAGAUUUUUUCUUUUAUGGCUGCCCGGAACUGCCCGAUUUACAGGUUGGAUUUGGCGGUGACUUGUGGGUGAUAUAAUCUCCUGUGAUGUUUUAUUGUUUUUGCUUUUAUUUAUUUAUUUUAUAUGUAAAAGUUAAGACAUGUUGUCAAUAAUGACAUACCAUUCAUUUAGUAAUUAUGUUUUUGUUAUUGUGCU